AAUGCUUUGCCCUCGCUGCGGUGGCGGCGGCGUGACUCUGCCUUUGCUGCGAUAGCAUGGCCCCGUUUGGCCCCGUUUGGCCCCGUUUCGGUCCUGUGCCGCUCUGUGCCGCCCCCUGCUUCGGCUGUAUCCCCAUCGAUUUUUUUCUGUGCUUUGCGCGGCCAACCGGACACCUCCCUCACCCCCCCAUAAAUACGAUCGCUCCUCCGCCCUGCUGCCUCAACCCACUUUUGCUUCCCACCCUCCCUGAUCCUGAUUCUCUGGGGCCCCCAAUGCAACCUGCCACUGUUUCAGACUAUACGAGCUCAUACCUGCUUCAGCAGGACGAUGCCGUGUUGCCCGCUUAUGUUCCGGCCCACAUUCCAUCGGCCGCUCCACUCCUGAGUCGGUUUAACGCCCAGCUCGAGCGGUACAUGUACCAGCUUUCCUACUACAGACUCUAUCAGUCCAAUCGCCCCAUGACCCACUCGGUCAACAUCCGCGCCAUGGUCAUCCGCCUGCUGGCGGUGCACCCUGGUGUGCAUCUGAUCCAUCCAUUCGACAACCUGCCCACCUUCAAGCGGCUAUACGAAUCGCCCUCCAGAUCGACGCUGGAUGGCUGCUUCGUUACUCGCUGUGAUCACAAAUCGGCGCAGGCCGCCCGCAUCCGCAACAGGAGCCUCAACCGCACUCCCACCCCGAAGCGCAUGCACCCGCUGGCCUUUGCCCUCCCGAUCGAGAACCAAACUUGCAACAACGACUCUGCCGACGACGACAGCGAGAUGACCAUCGUGUCUCCCACGCUCCCCUCGCGGCCCGCUUCGCCUGAGCCGGCACUGUCGACGACCUGCUCGCCGGCAUCGGUUUACUCGUCCGAGUCGUGCUCGUCCGAGCCCAUGUCCUCCCCCGAAUACUUUGCCUCCUUCGAGUCGGACUGCUCACCAGAGUCGUCCGCACCCUCAUCGCCGUCGUCCAUCGACUCGUGCGAGUCCGCCGUCGACGCACUUGUUCCUGCCGAGCCCGCAAUGCUCCUGUCCGCCAGCAUCGACCCCGCCACAUUCCUGAUCGCCCCGGACAGUCCUCUCGCGGCGGACUCCCUGCCGGCCUUUUCGCAUUCCUCGGACUCCACCGCCACCAGGAUCGAGCCUCUUCCGCCCAUCGGCCGCCUCGAUUGCCCCGACCGGCCGCCAACACCUCCGCCGCCUGCGCCCAGCUGCCCGAUAGACACGUCCCGGCUCAUUGCCGAGGCCAUGACGGCUCUGAAUCUAACCAUCGACCAGACCGGCUGGCGGAGCGACCUGUCUCUGCGUGGGCCUGGGACUGCGGCCUCGCCAAAGAAGGACAAGAAGCCGGCGUCGACGCCGUCGCUGUCCUCGGUUGUCGAGCGCAAGUUCAAGUGCAUCUCGUCGUACCUCAAGUCCCGGACCGAUCCGAUUGCUGUCUUGAGCACCUAAGUGCGUCUGGCCCGCCGAUCCCGGCGCCUCACCAGUUUCCCCCCCUCCUCUCCCCUGAACCUGACGAAUUGUAAUUUGCCUCAGCUCUCAUCCUCUCGCCCUUUCCAUCAUCGCUGCAUCAUCCCUCAUACUACAUGUAAUCUUAAUGGUCGAGUUCAGGUUCCUUGGAGGGGCACAAAACCCCACACUCCCUUUCCCC